CAUUUGGGCGGGGUCAUGUCCAGCUGCUCCUUGGAAAACAGAAACGACUGGAAGCUGAACACCCCAUCCCGUCAGGCGGCAGCCUCUUCCGCCUGUUCACCUGCAGCCCAGCACAGAAGCAAACGAAUCGAAGCCUUUGGUUUGCAAUGUCUUCUUUAUUUUAUCAGAAGUGGCAUCCCAAAAUGUGAAAGUGUCCCGGUGUGUUGAAGAGACCGUGUUUCAGCUGGGAUUCAGACGAUCCAAAGGUGGCGCAGCGGACGUGGUGGUUCAUCGACAGGUGUCCUCUAAAGGAUCAUGUGGUUGGCCUGGCCUUUCCUACCAGCUCUGGUGCUUCUCUCUGAGCUCUCUGUGGUGAAAGUUCAGACAGCACCAUGUCAAACCUGCAGAAAACUCACUGAAAGUUUCAUAAAGGGUUUAGAGAAAACUGCCAACAAGAACUUUGGAGGAGGAAACACUGCAUGGGAGGAGGAGAAGCUGGCCAAAUAUGCACACAGCGAGACUCGGCUCUUGGAGAUAGUAGAAGGUGCCUGUGAGAAGACAGAAUUUGAAUGUAACAAGCUGCUGGAGCAGAUCGAAGACCAGGUGGAGACAUGGUGGUUCCACAGGCAGCAAGAGGCUCCGGAUCUUUUCGAUUGGCUCUGCAUAGAAGAGCUGAGGCUCUGCUGUCCACCUGGACGUUAUGGACCUGAGUGCAAAGAGUGUCCAUCUGGACCUGGGGGAGUGUGUGGAGGUUUGGGUCGAUGCGAGGGGGAGGGCACUCGUCUGGGAGAUGGCGAGUGUGUGUGUGAUCCAGGAUACUCAGGCCACCUGUGCCAGAACUGUGCAGAUGGCUACUACAGAGAGAAGAGCUCCAACGACAGUUCAGGAGCCUGUGCAGCAUGCUACCACUCCUGUAAGAGAUGCAAAGGACCACAGGACUACAAAUGCCUGGAUUGCAAACCUGGCUGGAUCCUUCACAACAACAAAUGUGUGGACAAUGACGAGUGUGGUACAGAGCUGGCCCGCUGCCCUUCCAACACCUACUGUCACAACACCGAUGGAUCAUAUGAAUGCAGAGGCUGUGACCCGGCGUGUGUGGGCUGUAUGGGCAGUGGUCCUGCCCGCUGUAAAAAAUGUGCACGUGGCUACAGAUUAAAAGGAGCCAAGUGUCUCGACAUUGAUGAAUGUAGUGAACGAGCAAUAGCAUGCCCGGGGCUCAACGAGGCCUGCAUCAACGAGGAGGGCUCCUUCCACUGCGACUGUGCUGACGGCUUUAUCCGGAGAGACAGCAUUUGUGUUGAGAAUAAGCCCCCGAUUGACCCAGAGAAAGGCUUGUUUGAUGACAUGACCGAUGACGAGAUCCUCGUCCUGCAGCAGAUGUUCUUCGGAGUUAUAAUCUGUGCAAUCGCUACUCUCGCCGCCAAAGGCGACAUGGUCUUCACGGCCAUUUUUAUCGGGGGAGUAGCCGCUAUGGCCGGAUACUGGCUGACGGAGAAAGGAGACUACAUGCUGGAUGGGUUUCUGAAGGGACGUUAGACCGUCUGUUGCUACGAUUUAACACAAGGACCCGUGGGUAGAGGUGACUCAGCUGGGGGUGGGAAUCUGCCUUCCCAGUGCCAGAUCUUCAGGGAUUUACUGGUGACGGUGGAGUUGGGAGUCAUUUCUGUUUGAGUUGAGUUAUGCAAGAAAAGGGGAGAGCUUGAAGCCUGUGACGCUGUGAUUCUGCUGUGAUCUACAAGAGCCGAACCAACUUAAAGACACCAACUGGCUUUGAACUUAAAACUCUGAUAUGCAUCUGGAUGUCGAGCAAGAAAACAUUUUCUUUUGCACCGUGAAACCCUGCAGCCAUCAUGUCUGUUUCCUUUUUAAAGAUGAGAUUGUCCCAUCUGUCAGAUUACUGUUGCACUUCAGAUUAUAGCUGUGGGCAUGAGAUUAGGUGAGGGAAAAGCAACUCACUCAAAUUACCCAGAAACUGUUGUGGGAUGAUGUUUUGUUACUGUUUAUUUUUACUGGAUGACUUCUUCCUUCUACCCGAUUAUUUAUUUAUUUAUUUAAUUGCAUUAUAAUAUUGAAAGAGAGGUGCUGCACUGUUUAGAGUUUUCCUUUGUUGGCAUGCAACAUGUUUGUUUUAGCUGUCAGAUCGCUGUUCUUCAUGUUUAAUGAGUGUGUGAGGGAAUGUGCAGAAGCUGAGUUUUGGUUCAAACGUCAAGAAUCGAUUCAAUUCCGAUUCUCAAGAGUCUGAAUCGGUUAUCACGAUCCAAUCCCGUAAAUCUGUUAUUGAUGAGUCAGUGCUAUUAAAAUAUUUGUUUGAGUUCUUA